AUGAUCAUCACUGUUUGGAAUAUCAGGGGUCUUAAUGAUCCUUCUAAAAAGGCUAAUGUUAAGCAGCUCCUUGAUAGAACUAGUUCUGAUUUAAUCUGCUUGCUUGAAACUAGAGUAAAACAGAUGAAGUGUGCUGGAAUUCAGAAGAAGAUUGCUCAUGGCCUGAUCUGGGUUUGCAACUAUUCUGAGUCUAGAAAAGGUAGAAUUAUGUUAGGGUGGAAGAAUGAUAGAGUACAUAUUGAUGUUCUUACUGUUCAUUCUCAAUUUAUUCAUUAUAGAGUUAAUGGAAAUGAGGUCACAGAUUAUGAAGUUAGAGACUUCAAAGAUUUUAUUGAACAAAUGAGCUUUACUGAGAUCAAGACUAUUUAUCUUCGUCCCUCAUUAUCUGAUCAUGCCCCUCUGAUGUAUGAGGUUCUCCCUCCUGCUCCUGGUAAGGGAAAGCCCUUUAGAUUUCUGAAUCAUAUGCUUACUCAUCCUGAUUUCAUGAAUAUUGUGGCUGAAAUUUGGAGUGCAGGAUCUCAGGGAAAUUCUAUGAGUAGAAUUUGGAAAAAGUGUAAGAACUUGAAGGUUAAGCUUAAAGAUCUUAAUACCAAAGAGGCUACAGCUAUCGAGCAGCUCAAAUAUUGGAGAUCUGUGCAGGAGAGUAUUUACAGAAAGAAAGCUAGGGUGCAAUGGGUUAAACUUGGCGACUCUAACACCAAGUAUUUCUUCUCCACGAUGAAACAGAGACAAGCCAGGAACAAAAUUGAUUCUCUCUUGACUGAGCAUCAUGUUCUUCUUAAAACCCCUAGUGACGUAGAGAAAGAGAUUGUGUCUUUUUAUAAGCUUAUUCUGGGUUCGAGAUCUCCUGCCCUAGAUGCUAUUGACCUGAAUACAAUGAGAGCAGGGAAACAACUCUAUACAGAAGCUCAGAAUUUGCAUAUUAGUCCUGUGACCAACUCUAAGAUUGACUGUGCAAUCAAAAGUAUCUCUGAUGAUAAAGCACUUGGAAUUGAUGGGUUCAACUUAAAAUUUUUCAAACAUACAUGGGACAUUGUUAAACUUGAGAUCUAUGAAGCUGUCCAUGAUUUCUUUGCUACUGGCACCUUGAAUACUUAG